AUUCCCUUUGAGGGGGGGAAAAAAUGAAAACAAGAGCGAAGUGAGGUGUAGAAAUUGUAACUAACCACCGGAGCAAUAAUCGAAAGCGGACGGGGGAGGGGAGAAAGGAUUAAGGAGAAAAAAAAAUGAAAAAGCCAAUCGAGGAGACAAGACAGAAGCAAAUUGGCCUGUGAUGUGUGAGGGAGCCAGGAGAGAGAGAGAGAGAGAGAGAGAGAGAGAGAGAGAGAGGAGUACAAAGAACAUGAAAUGAAAUGAAUUGAAAUGCGUUUCCCACUGGAGGAGAGAUAUAAAGUGAGAGAAAGAGGGAAUUGGAGUGUUCUGGGUCGUCGAAAGCUUCGGGUUUCUCUCUCUCACACGGCGAAGGCGAGCUAAUCGCUUCCUUUUCCUGCAUUUCGGUGAGAUUCUCGCUCUUUCAGACCAAACCCAUGUCGGAUUUCGAGCUUUGAUCCUCGAAAUUUGUCGCCUCGAUCCUGUCUGCAUGCUGGGAAUCGCAUGCAUUUGCCCGAGGCGAAUGAUCAACUUCUGCCUACCAACUGGUGAAAGUAAAGUGAGACAUUGAUUCCACGAGGGCCUCUAUGACUGUACUAAGUCGGUGAUUUGGCAGUUUCUCCUGAAUAUGGUACCUUUCCUACAAUUUCACACAAAGUAAAGCAUGCAUUUAGUAGGUAAGGAUGCUUUGUAACAGAGAGAUCGGAAAUUUACAGGAUGACGGUUUUGAGGGGUCAUAUGAAGAGCACCAGAUCUUCAGACAGGUUUUCUUUGGAAAUGAUCCCGGAAAUACAACUAAAAGAUGCCUUGUUACUGGAGUCAUUGACUUCGAAUGUGACUCCAGUAAGAAUGCCACAUCCUCUCUGUGCUCUAACAGUGAUAACACUGUGGCGACAAGCCAAUGGGCCACUAAAUAUAUAUGUCCAGAGGGUUCCGAGCCAUUUGCUUCUAAGGAUAGUUCAGACUUUAACGCAAAGAGUAAGAGAAUGAAGUUUUCAGGCAAUGAGCUUCCAGACACGAAACAUGGAAAGGGGUCUGUGCUGAAUAACUAUCCAAAUUUUGAUAUGGCUAGCAAAACAAUACCUCUCCAUUUAGUCGAAUCAUCUAGAACUGGUGUUUCGACUAGGUCAUAUCUGCUAAAGCAAAAAACAGACAAGGGCAGAGAAAUUUAUCUGGGAGAACCUGGGUUAGAAAAGUGCAAGUCACAAACCCUGGACAAAUGUGAUGGAAAGAUGUUAUUUGGAUGUAAAGCAAUUGCCUCUCCUGUUUCUCAGGAGAGCUUUGCCACAAGAAUGGCAUGUGGGAGUUCAUCUGUAUCCUUCGCUGAGAAGUCUGACUCCCCAUUGCAAUUGAAGGAUGCAUCUAAAGUAUGCCCUAAUGGGUCGAAUUCUCAAAGACUAAAUAUAUCUGAGAUUUGUCUGAGGAUAGAUCCUAAGGAGGAUCCUCGUCCCCUUCUCCAGAAGUAUGUGUUUAAGUUGCUUAGUGCUGCUGGCUGGAAAAUGGAGAAGUAUCAAAGACCAUGCAGAAAAUACAGUGAUACGAUGUACAUAUCACCCGAGGAACGAAAAUUUCGCGAAUUUCCCACGGUUUGGAGAUUAUUAGGUGAGACCCUAAUGGCUGAUCAUAUGGUUAUCAACUCUGGUACAAAGAAAUGGACUGGUAUCAAUGAUUUCUGGUCAGAUCUGUCGCUAACAUUGUUGGACGUCGAGGAGAACAUGAAAGGGUUAGAUCUUGCAAAUACUCGGGCACUUUGGUGGAGCACUUUAGAGCCUUUUGUGACUGUCGUGUUCACAGAUAGGAAAGUCGGUUGUUUAAGAAAGGGAACUGAAGUUGAAGCCUCAUGGUGUUCAGUGAUUGAAAAGUGCAAGAAAGAAAAUGCGGGUUCCAUGCACAGAAUAUCAGGCUGCCCUGAAAGUGUUUUGACAGUUUCCGAGGAAAGCCGUGGUAUUUAUGAUGAGGAUGUUAACCACGAGAUUCAUUCAGAUCGUAAGGGACAUACCAAAGAAUUGGGGAAGAACUCUGCCCCUCCAACUGCAUUGGCAAGUUCUUGCAUUCAAGAAAAUACACCGCAGUUCCAAGGAGAUCCCACACUGAAGAAUUACAGCGGUUGUGGAAAAGAUGAAUCCGCGUCACCUGAGUUUGUGAUCUCUGGGGUUAUACAGAAUCCUGGGCUUGGUGAGGAGGUGGUUAGCAAACAAGCUGGAGCCUCAGAGUUGAUAACCGAGGGCAAGCAUGGAAGUUCUAUGAGAAAGAAGUUGCAGAGAAAGUCAAAAAAGAUAUCUGAAAUCAGACCAGCUUCCUUGGAUCAACUUGAUAUCCUAGAUUCUAAUUCUCCUGGCGCUCUGGAAUGCCUUGACAAUGAUAUGUGUAGUGUUCUCUUACCGUCAAAGGACUGUCAUGACGAAAUUUUGAAGCAAGAUAAGAUCAAGAAUUCACAUGGCAGUUCAAAGAAGCGGGGAAAGAAAGCUAAUAAACACCAGGGUCAGGGUAAUGACAUUUUGAUUUCUUCAAUAAUGAAAACCAAAGAUAACAGAGAUGGUGCUGGUGGGUCAAACCGGAAAAAGAAAGCUCAGAAAUCAAAAGCCAGAACAAAAAAGAGAAGCAACAAGGGAGGAUGCAAGUUGCUUCCCAGAAGCUCAAGCAAGGGGGGAAAGCAAUUUACAGAAGGAAAAUGGUCUGUUUCAGGUCCAAGAACGGUGUUAUGGUGGUUGAUAGCCUCCAAGGUAAUUUCCAGGGAUGAGGUAAUCGAGUUACGGGACCCAGAUGACGAUACCGUGGUGAAAACUGGCCUGGUGAUCAGAGAUGGAGUGGUUUGCACCUGUUGUAAUAGGACGGUAUCACUGUCUGAAUUUAAGAGCCAUGCUGGAUUUAGUCUGAACCGCCCGUGUCUGAAUCUUUUCAUGGAGUCAGGACAGCCCUUCAGUUCGUGUCAGUUGCAAGCUUGGGCUGCUGAGUACAAGGCCCGGAGAAACGGAGGGAGAUCACUGGAAGCUGUCGAUGAUGAUCCAAAUGACGAUUCUUGUGGAAUUUGUGGUGAUGGGGGUGAGUUGAUAUGCUGUGAUAACUGUCCAUCCACCUUCCAUCAGGCUUGCUUAUCAAUGCAGGUGCUACCUGAAGGAAGUUGGUAUUGCUCAAACUGCACGUGUUGGAUCUGCGGAGAGUUGGUCGGUGAUAAGGAGCCUGCAGAUUGCUCACAUGCGUUUAAAUGCUCACAAUGCCAGCAUAAAUAUCAUGUCAUGUGUCUGCAAGGGACAAGAAAACGCAGAGAACCCUUUCCUGGAACUUACUUUUGUGGUAAAAGCUGUGAGAAGGUUUACUCAGGUCUUAGUUCUCGUGUUGGAAUCAUUAACCAUAUUUCUGAUGGCUUGUCGUGGGCCCUUUUGAAAUGUUUUCGAGAAGACCAAAAUGUUCAUUCUGUCCAGUGGUUCGCCAUGAAAGCUGAAUGCAACUCGAAGUUAGCAGUCGCUCUCUCGAUAAUGGAGGAAUGCUUUCAAUCUAUGGUUGAUGCAAGAACUGGUGUUGACAUGUUACCUCAUUUGCUGUACAAUUGGGGGUCGAAUUUUGCACGGUUAAACUUUGACGGGUUCUACUCAGUGGUCGUGGAGAAGGAUGACGUACUGAUAUCGGUAGCAUCCAUCAGGUUACAUGGUGUGUCUGUUGCAGAGAUGCCUCUCGUUGCUACAUGCAGUAAGUUCCGACGUCAGGGAAUGUGCAGAAUCCUUGUUGCUGCCAUUGAAGAGAUGCUGAUGUCGUUUAAGGUUGAGAAGCUCGUGGUAGCUGCGCUUCCGAGUUUAGUCGAGACAUGGACUCGAGGAUUCGGAUUCGUACCAGUGGAUGAUGAUCAAGAACGUGAAUCUCUCAAAAGAAUCAACUUGAUGGUGUUCCCUGGGACAAUACUGCUAAAGAAAACCUUGUACGAGCAGACGAAACCCGACACUGUCUCGAGGGUUUUCCCGGGUGUGGAUCCACGGUCAGACAAACCCGAUAACGCCCGUCUCGAGACCUGUGACCAGACGGUUCCGGAGAAUUCAGACGAGGAGGUUCCUCCGGGCUUCCCUGUUCCUCUAGGAACAAAUGAGUUCACCAGAAAAACCGAAACUGAACUGGAUUCGGAUGAACAUGAACACCCAUCAGGACAGACAACAGAAGCUGAACACGCAGAAGACCAAACGGAGGACACUAUGGUGGCGACCCGUGAUGACCCGGUUGAGUCAGAGGUAACUCGGAGCGACCCAUCUGAGAAACCCGGCGAGAAUCUGGAACCGGAUCAUUGCUUGCAGGGAGAAUACGACAAGGGCUCAGAUGAGCAGAGAGAAGAAUGUGAUUCAGGUCUGGUCAGAUCUUCAUGCGAUUACGAUGAGAUAUUGCUUUGUGUUGAUGAACAGCUCGAGGAUUAUUCCUCUGAUGAUUCAGAUUAGUGCUUAAGAUAUCAUAACCCAACUUUUUUCUGGUGAACUUUUUUUUUUUUUUCCCACUUCAUUUCUCUGUCUCUCCAUCCAUCAUUCUCUCUGUUUGUUUCCUCUGACGUUGUCGGAAUCCAUCUGUUAGGUGUUUAGGUGUGGGCAUUUGGAUAAUGUCAUAGAAAAAUAUAAAUAUCGAAUAAAAUGGUUAUAAUGUUUU